AUAUGAAGGAUCUAGAUCUUGACUUUUAAGAUAAAUAAUAGAUUAAUGUUUGUAUUUACAGAAAUUUAUAGAGUCGUAAUUCAUAUUUUUUAUUGAAAAUGCCUUGGAAAACUGUAAUAUUUCUUAUUUAUCUAACUAAUUGAUAAAUUACUUUCUAAAAUUAUAGUCAAUUAAUACUUAGUUUUCCUUGACGUGUGACUAUUGAUGUGUAUAACGAAAAUUGUGAUAUAAUGAAUGUGUACCUAACUAUUUAUUUCUAAAUGUUAAUAAUUUCACUUUUAACAAAUAAAAUGACAAAUUGCAAUUUCUUGAAAAACAUUAGAUAAUGUAUCACAUACUACGUUUGUUGUUGUAUCGACUUUGGAUUGUGUCUACGCUGACUUUAUGCUCUUGUUUUGUUAUAUUUUGGUUAUAUGGAUUUUUCCUCGCCGUUACCGCCUUCACCCUGGGUAUAUCAGGUAUUCUGUACACAGCGCAGGAUCUCCUGCUGUUCUAUCCCAAUGACCCUCCUGACUCCCGUGCCUUUGUGCUGCAACCCAGCAACUAUAAGCUACCCUAUGAGAGUGUCAAGAUUAAAACCCGGGAUGGAUAUAAGAUUCACAUGUUCUUCAUACGACAACUCACAAACAGCAACCACAAACCCACUAUGAUCUUCUUCCAUGGAAAUGCAGGGAACAUGGGUCAAAGAUUGUCCAAUGUGUCGGGUUUUUAUCACAAAUUAGGAAUAAAUAUUCUUUUGGUAGAAUAUAGAGGUUACGGCCUGUCUGAAGGAACACCCUCGGAACAAGGGCUGUAUAUUGAUGCUCAGACUGCAUUUGACUAUAUCAUGCAGAGGGAUGACAUUGAUAGAACCAAAAUCAUAAUCUUUGGAAGAUCUCUGGGUGGUGCUGUGGCCAUAGAUUUGGCCUCAAGGAUAGAAUAUAAAAACAAAGUCUGGGCUCUGAUAGUUGAGAACACAUUCACCAGUAUACCAGACAUGGCCCGAAUUAUCCUUAAAUGGAAAUGUCUCAAGUGGCUGCCAAUGUUUUGUCACAAGAACAAGUUCAUGUCGCUGCACAAGAUCUCGGAGGUGGUUUGUCCUACGCUCGUGGUGUGUGGUGCGGGAGACGCCCUCGUCCCGCCGCGCAUGGCUCGCGAGCUGGUCGCACGGUGCGGGGCUCCUCGCAAACGCCUCGCAGCGCUGCAGCGCGGCGGCCACGACGACACUUGGCUGUGUGGCGACUACUACCCAGCGCUGCAGCGCUUCCUGCAGCGCGUGCCUCCCCUCCCGCCGAAUGCGUCGCUCGCCCCCCACACUCCCCUCACCCCCCACUACGAGGUAGACGACGAGGAGGAAGCGGAGGAGGAGCACUCCUCGAUGGACCUCACCAUGGUCCAUACCGUAUGACGUCCUCUCCUCGCUCCACUCCCCAUGACAGUACAACUCGUUGCAUUUUGUUCACUGAACACGUUUCUCUCUAUCAGUCAAUUAGUUUUCACUGUUCUCAUCUGUUUCGAGUCAAGUGAGCGCCGCGUUACAACAUUGAUUUUUUUUAUUAUACUAUUAAAACAUAUAGAAAAUUUUAUAAUUUGAUAGCAGCUUUAAGGGAUUAUAUUAAGGGAUACCGGGGAGAUGAUAUUAUAUUUAGGUCAAUUCUUACAGUUUUUAAUAUAUUUAGGACAAAACAUUCCAACACACCAAGUAUUAGAACACACCUUCAUUGUUCUAGUCGAUGUCUCGCUGGCAAGCUAUUUAUUUAGUCUCAUUGUACUGAACACUAAGCAUUGACUGUUUUCUUUGUUUGUACUUAACUAUUUUACAUUAUAUUAUACACGUCACGUCACGUGGCGGUCUCUUUGUUUUAUGUCCCUCGCCAAUAUUUAUUUAAACUCGGGUCGUCUUGUACUUAGCGUUACGUCUUAUGAUAUACCCUCACUCCAUGACCUGUGUCAUUGUGUUUCCUUUGUAUUAUGUACAGUCUUAUGUUGUUCCCUCAACGUAUGUACCGUGUUUAACUCUAGCUAUAUUUGCAACAGAUGCCGGCCAAUAAUAGACUAUUGAAAUUACGAAACUCUCAUUAAGUUUAUAAUUUUGGACAAUACUUAUAAUUCCUGUUAAUAUUUACAUCAUUAUAUAUAUAUGUUAUACGUCGCCGUUGCCAGCAAGUUAAUAUCCGUCGGCAGCAUGUCGCCAUUACUGACACACAAACCUUUUUAUGAAUAUGGAUUUCGGGUUGUUUCUCGUCUGUUAACUGUCUCGAUCUUGUCCUUUACGAUGUCUUCUAAACGCCAGAUUUCUUUUGAAUCGCAACAAUUAAUUUUUAAUAUCCGAGUCGAAGCACAAUAUAUUUAAAGCGGUGGUGCCAAAUGAUUGUAUGUUGAUAUCGUAACGUCUCGUCUCCGAACUCCAAGCUACUCGGAGUCCUGCUGACACGGUUUUGUAUGCCUUUCUCCUUAUGUUCAACUAACAUGUGCUGUAACUAAUUUAAUAAAUAAAUAUUUUUCCAAUUGA